GCUGCUGAUAUAGAAUCUUGUGGUAACUCCAUCAAGAGAAAGAAGUCCUGGGAUUGGUCAACAGCACGUAUCUCGUGCCCUCUAGUUUCCUUUCCCUACGAACUCAGCAUUAAAAAGCAACUCUAAGCAGUCCCUGAAGGACCUGGGCAAGGAUGUGUUUUUUUCCCUCUGUGUCUGUCUUAUACAGAUCAUGCUGUUUAGGGGAAUGAUAUUAUUAAGAAAACUUUACAUUUUGUGGCUGGUUGGAAUUAACCAGAAUUGUCUGGAAGACAUAAACUGAAUGAAAAGUCACAGCAGUCGUCCGGCUGUGGGUGCAAAGCUCUUCAACCAGAGGAAGUCGAGUGCUGGCCAAAGGGCUGGCGCUGAAUGAAGUGCACGGAAGGGACCACUGACAUUGUCUCAGCUGAGUAAGGAAUACGGGGUGCUUUGCAUUCAGGAAUACAGAAAAAAUAGCAAAGUGGAGUCAAGUACACAUAACAGCUUCAUGGGCUUGAAGGAUCAUCUGGGGCAUGACCUAGGCCACCUUUAUGUGGAGAGCACUGACCCGCAUUUAAGUACAUCUGUACCUUGGUCAAUGGUGGAAAAGCCAACAAUGGAUAAAGUUAAUUCCGGGAAGGAAGAGAAAGAGGUGUCUGAAGAGAAUGUGAGCUCUGGUGACUCUGAAGAAAGCACAAAUUCCGAUAACGAGUCAGACCAGUCGAGAAGCAUUUCAGCAGAGCCAUGCUUAUUAACCAAGACUCACAGACAACUGUGUAGGUCUCCCUGCUUAGAGCCUCACAUACUCAAACGCAGUGACAUUUUGCAAGACUUUAAACCUGAGGAGUCCCAGACUACCUCCAAGGAAGUGAAGAAACCCCCCGAUGUGGUGCGAGAAUACCAAACAAAACUAGAGUUUGCACUGAAGUUAGGCUAUUCUGAAGAACAGGUUCAGCUUGUGCUCAAUAAACUCGGUACCGAUGCUUUAAUCAAUGACAUCUUGGGAGAGCUCGUCAAGCUUGGAAACAAAAGUGAGGCCGAACAGACGGUUAGUACGGUCAACAGUCUCACGCGGGAAGCGCCUUCCCUGGAGUCUCAGCGGUCGGACUCUCCGAUGCAAGAGCUCGUGGCGGAUGACGGGGAGAACCUGAGACCCGUAGUCAUCGAUGGCAGCAAUGUGGCCAUGAGCCAUGGAAACAAAGAAGUCUUUUCCUGCCGGGGAAUAAAAUUGGCAGUGGAUUGGUUUUUGGAAAGAGGCCACAAAGAUAUUACAGUUUUUGUUCCCGCUUGGAGGAAAGAGCAAUCCCGACCUGAUGCUCUUAUCACAGAUCAAGAAAUCCUGCGCAAAUUAGAGAAGGAGAAGAUCCUGGUGUUCACGCCCUCCAGGCGAGUGCAGGGGAGGCGAGUGGUGUGCUAUGACGACAGGUUCAUCGUGAAGCUGGCUUUCGAGUCGGACGGGGUCAUCGUGUCCAAUGACAACUACAGGGACCUGGCCAAUGAAAAACCAGAGUGGAAGAAGUUCAUCGAUGAGCGGUUGUUAAUGUACUCAUUUGUCAAUGACAAGUUCAUGCCUCCAGACGACCCCCUUGGCAGACACGGCCCAAGCCUCGAUAAUUUUCUGAGGAAGAAACCUAUUGUUCCUGAACACAAAAAGCAGCCUUGUCCAUAUGGGAAGAAGUGCACCUAUGGCCACAAGUGCAAAUACUACCAUCCCGAGAGGGGCAGUCAGCCGCAGCGGUCGGUGGCUGACGAACUCCGGGCCAUGUCCAGAAACACGGCAGCCAAAACGGCGAACGAAGGCGGGCUGGUGAAAAGCAACAGCGUCCCCUGCAGCACGAAAGCGGACAGCGCCUCGGAUGUCAAACGAGGCGCUCCCAAGAGGCAGUCGGACCCCAGCAUCAGGACUCAAGUCUACCAGGACCUCGAGGAAAAGCUGCCCACCAAAAACAAAUUGGAAACCAGGUCCGUCCCUUCUUUAGUUAGCAUCCCGGCGACUGCCACCGCAAAACCCCAAAGCGCUACGUCUUUAAGCAACGGCCUUCCAUCCGGAGUUCACUUCCCACCUCAGGAUCAAAGACCACAGGGGCAGUAUCCUCCGAUGUUGAUGGCAACCAAAAAUCACGGCACGCCAAUGCCUUACGAACAGUACCCCAAAUGCGACUCGCCUGUGGACAUCGGGUAUUACUCCAUGCUGAACGCCUACUCGAACCUGAGCGUGUCCGGCCCGCGCAGCCCCGAGCGCCGUUUCUCCUUGGACACGGACUACAGGGUGAGCUCCGUGGCUUCCGACUGCAGCAGCGAAGGGAGCGUGAGCUGCGGGAGCGGCGACUCGUACGUGGGCUACGGCGACCGCCCGUACGUCAGCUCUCCCGACCCCCAGCUGGAAGAGAGUCUCAAGUGUCAGCACGUGCACCCGCACAGCCGCCUUAAUUCCCAGCCCUUCCUGCAGAACUUCCACGACCCCGUGACCCGAGUGCAGAGUUACGGUCACGAAGAACCAAAGUACCACCCCAAGGCGCCUCUCCCGCACCUGGCCGUGCACCUGCAGCACCCCGCCGUCGGGGCCCGGGCCAGCUGUCCCGGCGACUACCCCUCGCCGCCCGGCUCCGCCCACUCCAAGGCGCCGCACCUGGGGCGCGCCCUGGUGGCCACCCGGAUAGACAGCAUCUCCGACUCGCGGCUCUACGACGGCUCUCCCUCCCGCCAGCGGAAGCCUUACUCGCACCAGGAGGGGCCGGGGGGCUGGGAGCGGCCCGGCUACGGGGUGGACGCGUACGGCUACCGGCAGACUUACUCCUUGCCGGACAGCUCCACGCAGCCCUGCUACGAGCAGUUCACCUUCCAGAGCCUCCCCGAGCAGCAGGAGCCCGCCUGGCGCGUCCCCUACUGCGGGCCGCCCGCGGAGCCCCCGAGGUACCAGGACAGCCGGGAGAAGGUCUACGUCAACCUGUGCAACAUCUUCCCGCCCGACCUCGUGAGGACGGUCAUGAAACGGAACCCUCACAUGACAGACGCCCAGCAGCUCGCCGCAGCCAUUUUGGUGGAGAAGUCCCAGCUGGGUUAUUGAGAGAUGAUGCAUCUUUGUGGUGUUUAGUAGUUUUUUGUUCAGCUCAAACGCUGAGGGAGGUUUGCUACAAUAGCACAUGUGAUCUCCUUCUCGGCAAGGAGGUUCUAUAGUAUCCAUUUCUGUGAAGUACUGUAUCAUGGAAUCUGUAUGUAUCGCCCCACCUAGUGGAAAUAUCACGGGAUUGCUUUACAUGGAAACCUUUUUUUUUAACAUUUCCUUUUUAAAGCUCUCUCCUCGGCUGGAGAUUUUUCCAGUUGGAUUUCUUAGAUGUCUCUGUGAUCUUUGAUAUUCCUCUUUGGUGCAUCAGGGGUUUAUAUGCAGCACUUUUUAUCCUUGUUUCGUGUUUUCUUAACUUGGUGUUUGUCUAUCAAUCGCGAGCAAUUACGAUACCUUCAGAACGUUGAACAUUUGACUAGACCCUAGCCGACUAUUUUUUCAAGCCAAGCUUCAUUGGAAUCUUUUACAGCUUUUUAAGUUAUUUUUAUUUGGGGAAAGUGGGCUUCUUUGUGCUAGAAUCAUUAUUUAUAGAAACAAAGAUAUACUACCGCACUGACUUUAUAUUUGAAACAAAACGGAAGUUACCAGUUUAUGUUGAAAUGGGUAACCGUCUAUAUAUUAGAAUGAUUUACAAUAUGGCACUUUUCAUUGUUCUAGUUUUGUUCGUUUUUUUUUUUUUCUGUUAAGUAAUGAGUUAAUUUAAUAUGGUUGAUUUAAAGGAAAGCAGAUGCAAUCAAUGGAAAAAAUGGUUUCCAUUAUAUUACUAUUUUUCUUACCCAAUAAGGCAAAAGCCGCGUGUGCUCCAGCGUAGAGCUGUGCGACCCAGCUAUGAUGUGCUUCUAGACGCUAGAAACGGAAUUGAAUUCCCAGAUCCUCCUUCACCUGUAUUUUCCAUGUGUUUGUCUUUUUCUUUUGGGGGCACAACAAGACUGGAUAAAAUGACCCUUUCACAAUACUUGCCUGUUUUUAAUGAAUCUAAUUAUUCUCAAUGCAACUUUUAUAUUUAAUAUACUCUUUAGCUUUCCCGCUAUUUAUCAAGGCUGGCCUGAGGGGGGGGGGGGUGUGUGUUGAGCAUAUGCAAAGCUGACUGGUACUGCACUAGAGGGGAGGUGGUGGUGGUGGACUUGUAAAUGGUAACUUAAAACGUUUGUAAGAUAGUGUAUAUUUCCCAUUUUCCUGAAGGUAGGUUUUUUUUUGGGGGGGGGGGGUGCCUGUUAUAUUAUUAAGGCCAGAUUCUUGCCACAAAUAGUGUAGUUUUAGCUACAGACUAAAGUCUGUUCUAGUAUUAGUAAGGGAUAUUUCUGGUUUCAAAGUCAUGGGUUUUGCUAGAUGCGAAUUCAUGUUUGUCUUUAAAGGGCGUACCUCGCACGCGGGGGCGGACGGCGGGGGGGGGGGGGGGGGGGUUGUCACGACCUCCACUGUUGCCUCCAGGCUCUGAAAUUUUCUUCGUGUGACAGACUCUUCUGAUCUCUGCCUCGAGGCCCUGGUCGUUCUGAUUACCCUACAUGCCACAGUUUGAAGUAAAGCCCUGAAAAGCCAGAAAGUACCUUUUACUGUUGAUACAAAUUGUAUCUUUUUAACUCUAAGAACUAUUUUGAUUUGUAGAUCUAGUGAACACACCAAUGUGUAACUAUGAUUAGACUUUUGGGCAACAUUUUAUCCCUUAUUUAAAUACAAAAUUUUAAAGUAAAAUUGAGGUCUAGAAUAGGGUAGAGCAUAAAAAGUAACAAUUUAGGUAAAUAAAAGUGUCUGUGUUAGUUUUAUAUAAUACAUUAAAAUACAUUAAAUACACUUAUUGGCAUUUUCUUUCUCCUAAAACUUACCUAGUGAGAACUUAAAAAAAUAAAGGUAAAAUGCUGCCUGAAAAUAACGUCCGAGCACCUUUGACUAGGAUAACAUUUUCACUACUUGUGUGACACUGUGUGUCACAUCGAGUAGGAAUCGGGUACACAGUAAAUGCUUCUAAAAGGCAUUGUGCAUAUUGACAUAUCCAAUAAUCUGAACCGUGUUCAGCAAACUUAAUUCAGGAAAGUGGCGUUCUACAUAAUUAUUGCUGUUGUUUUUGAGGUGAGGGUGGCCCUCGUCUGUGCCCGGAAACCGUGCGGACGGUGCCACACCUGCCAUUCCGAGGGGUGUCUGAGCGCGACCCUGCUCACUCGUGACUCCGUUCUCCUCGAUUCCGUCAGUCAACUAUCUGUAGAACAAGUUUCAGUGUAGAGGCUAAAUGAGUGCCAAAAAUAGGGUUACCAGUGUGGAGUACCUUUUACUGUAGUCCUGUUCUAAGCCUUUUUUGUUUUGUUUUGUUUCUCUUAAGCGUGCAAGCAUUUGUAAAUUCUAGGUUUUGCUUCCAUUUUCUUAGUCUUAGCAUUUCCGUUAGCUGAAGAUUCUGCCACACUUUACUGCAUUUAUUGAAAUGAGGUCUUCGGUGAAAUGUAGGUCCUACUUUUCACGUGGCCUGCUCACCGUUUGUAGCCGCCUGUCAUUGCUUCCUGGCUUCUAGAUUAAGGAAAAGUAGUUGUAGCCUGUGAGCACCUGUCCUGAAGUGAAUAGCUCUGAACGACUCACACUGAAAUCCUUCAGUGUAAUUCACUGUGAGUUGAGAAAUAGCAGUUUUCUUAAGAGGACAAUUUGUCCCCCCCUCCUUUUUGUUUUGUUUUGGUUUUGUUUUGACACCCAUGUGGCUUUCAGAGCUUAAGAAUGAGAUGGUUGGCAGACUUUAGAUACAGCGAAUUCUUGAUGAUCUAAAGCAAUAAGUAAAAGGAUCCAUCAUUCAGUUAAAUCCGUAGCUGAUCCCAAACCUUCAUUGUUGCCAAAACUUUCACCUUAAUCCUGUCUUUCACCAGACUUGCUAAUAAAUAACUGGAAAGGGAGGGAGGUAGUAGGAAAACUGCCCCAAGGGGUCAGCUGAGAGAAGAGAACGAAUUCAGAUUGGAAUCUUCUGCCCCGAGUAACUGACAGUUGACGGUACUUUGCACAGUCAUUAGCCGGUUCCUUGUCUCUGUGUCUUACUACAGAGGGAGUAGCACCCAGCUGGCCAGUUACUGGCCGUCAGUAUUUCCUCCUUUCUUGCACGUGAUAAUGUCAGUUUUCAGUCUGUUGAUGAUCUCUGUAUCCUGAUAGAGUUUGUCAUUGACCUCAACAUUGAAUGAAAUGCACACCAGUAUAAAAUGUUUGAUACUGGUAGAAACUUGAACUUUGUGCUUUUAUGAAAUUUCCUUUAUGAGAAUAUGUAAUAUAACUAAUAAGCGCGGUUUUCUAUGUAUAUAUACACACAUGCAUACGUAUUUGUUAUCAAGUAUUAAAAACAGGAGGGUGGUAGGCUUUCGGUGGCUAACUUUCCCUUUGUUGAACUAUGUAUGUUUCUGAGUUGCGGACGACCAAGCCUGGAGUCUGGAUGACCAAUGAUAAGAUUUAGAACCACUUGAAUGGAAAGCAACUCUUCAAUGGUUUUAUUCCUGGUAUUUUUAAAGAGUUAUUUUGAUAAUUUUAAUAGAGUGUGUAAUUUUAAAACACACACACACACACACACACACAAAAAGUAGUAUUGAUUAUACAGAUAAUUAUUUAACAUGUCUUUUAUGGAUGUAUCUAUGUAUAUGGACAGUAAUAUAUUUAUAAAGCAAAUAUACUUUGAUUAUGUCAUAGCUGUUAGUUUGUGAUAGGUUAGAGGGUGCCUCUGGGUACAGAGGUGUGUGUGUUUUGAAAACUCUCAAGCUGUUUUUCCCCCAAUUUAAUGGCACUGACCCUAAGGUAUAUUUGGUUGUCGUUCUCAUUUUUGCUGUCCGACUUCCUUAUAUAAGAUGAGCUUCCUAGGUAUACACCAGCCAGUCAAAUGAAGCGUAAAAUACAUGAACUGCACACGUGCAUGAGAAUAAGAGAAAGAGUUAAUAAAAGAAGAGAAACGUGCGUUAUUUUUGAUUGGUCUGGGCAACUCCCUCGGGCAGAGGUUGACAGGCGUUUUCUGUAAAGGGUCAGACAGUAACUAAGUCAGAGUUCGAGAAUCAUACACUCUGUAUAAACUACUCACCUCUGCACUUAGAGCAUGAAAGCAGCCACAGACAGGAACGUCAACGGGCCGUGUGGCUGUGCAGCAACAGAACCUGACUUAGGGAAACAGGCGGCCGGCCAGUCUGUUCAUCUCUGUCCUAGAGGGAGAAAAACAGGCGUAUGAAGCAGUAAGUUCUGAUCCGUGUUAACGUAGAAGUGAGAACGGUAUUUCAGUUGAUGCUGUUGAUGGCUUUCAAAAGAAGAUUUUGAGCCUGUCCUAUUAAAGCAUCUUUCUUAUUUAUUCAGUCACACCCAUUCUAUAUUAGCGACAUUUCUUAACGUUGAACCGCACACAAAGAAAGCAUUUGGUCAACAGAUAUUUUACUAAGUAUCCAAUUUUUUUCACGAACUUUGUAUUUCUGUUGAUAAAUGGGAACACCUUGCCUACAUUUUGUGUUUUAAGGGCCUCACGGACCAAAAAUUCUGUUGUAUUUUCAAAGUUAGCAUGUAAUUAGCCACAAAAUAUUUUAAAGACUGCAUUUAUCCGUUCUGUUUUUCUGCUGGUUUUUUGACUUCUAAAAAAAAAAAAAAAAAAAAAAAAAAAAGACGACAGAUGUGCCCUUCUUUAAAAGUGGUUUUAAAGAAGAUAAACAUACUGUAAUUUCACAUACUAUAUAGCUUUAUUCUAUAAGAUUUAAAUUGUGACUAGUGUAACUGUAGCGAUAAUGUGAGUGCAUUUGCUGUAUUGUGGCUCUCUUUACAAGAAUCCAAGUGUACCCCUGCUCUCUCUGUCCAGAUCUUUAGUGUAGCUUCUUGAGACACCUUAGGACAGUCCUCGGUGAAUAUUCUGAACACGGUCACGUGUGAUUUUAAGUCUGUCGGCACCACACACGGUCGGGCACGUUCACUCACAGCACUGUCAUCGGUGGUGGUCACAUUUUCACACCGUUUCGCUGGGAACAGUAAAUGGGGUGGAACACCACCGUCUAGUUUAGUUACUUUAUUUUAAAAUUGCAACACACCUCUAGCUCUUGACCGAAUCCACUGUUUAAAACGGUCACUUCCCCCGGCCCUUUAAGGUCAUCCGCUCCCCUGCUUUUUGUUUCCCUUACAAUAACACGGUUAUGUGCUAGGAGUAGCUUUUUCCCUAAGGUCCGUAGCCUCUAAGAUUUAAAAACAAUUUAAGGUUUUGACCAUUUGGCAGUUAAAAUUUUUUGGAGAAUUUGGUGCACGUCUUCAUUUAGUUUUAUAAAAUUUUAAAGUUCCGCUUUUCAACCACAUAUCCAAUCUGUCAGUCGUCCGUCUAGGUAUUUCAAAAGAAUAACCAAUUGUUUGCUGUCCAUUAAAGCUUCUGACCCCUCUCGUAAAGCAGCUUAGGUCUUUAGGGAAAAAGACCUUGAAAAGCAGUGGCUUGUUUUUUUUUAACGGUUUAGGUUUUAGAUUUUCUUCUUUUUUUUUUUUUUU